UGAACCAAGACGUGGGCCAGUAGGCUGGUGAGCACGGGAAGCGUUGAUUCAUUUCUAUAGUCACACUAGCACAUUGCAUUACAUUUAUAAAACAUUUUUUAUUUAACAAAGUUCGUUUUUAACCGUCUCAUCGAACGUUAUCUGCAGGCUGAGGUGAUGGCAGAUGAAUUAAUUCAAAAGACUGAGCAGCUGUCGCUCGAACAGCUGUAUGUUUCUGAGAGAGAAGGUGAUGAUUCCACUGGUGAUGGAACGAAAGAGAAGCCCUUUAAAACAGCACUUAGGGCACUGCUCUUUGCUGGAAAGGAACCAUUCCCUACAGUUUAUGUGGACUCAGAUAAAGAGGAUGAGAGGUGGGCUGUUAUUUCAAAAUCACAGAUGAAGAAUGUUAAAAAGUUAUGGCAAAGGGAGCAAAUGAAAAAUGAAGCCAAAGAAAAAAGAGAGGCGGAAGAUGCUGUUCGCAGAGAGAAGAACUUGGAGGAAGCCAAGAAGAUUACGAUCGAGAAUGACCCAAGUCUUCCAGAACCAAAAACUGCAAAGAUUCGGUGUUUAGAGGGAUUUCGGGGGCAGAGAGUCAAGGUGUUUGGCUGGGUGCAUCGUUUGCGAAGACAAGGGAAGAAUCUCAUGUUUAUAGUUCUUCGAGAUGGUACUGGCUUCCUACAGUGUGUUCUAUCGGAUGCCCUGUGCCAGUGUUAUAAUGCCUUACUUCUGAGUCCCGAGAGCAGCAUUGCACUUUAUGGAAUGUUAAAACUUGUGCCAGAUGGAAAACAGGCUCCUGGAGGCCAUGAACUUCACUGUGAUUACUGGGAACUAAUUGGCUUAGCACCAGCAGGGGGUGCUGAUAACUUGAUCAAUGAAGAGUCUGAUGUGGAUGUACAGCUGAACAACCGGCACAUGUUGAUCCGUGGAGAGAAUGCUUCAAAAAUCCUAAAAGUUCGAUCUUAUGUAAUGCAGUGCUUUAGAGAUCACUUUUUCAGUCGGGGAUACUAUGAAAUGACUCCACCAACACUUGUCCAAACCCAGGUAGAAGGUGGGUCUACGCUCUUCAGUCUGAACUACUUUGGAGAACAAGCAUACCUAACACAGUCUUCCCAGCUCUAUCUGGAAACUUGUAUUCCAUCACUAGGUGAUACAUUCUGCAUCGCCCAGUCCUACCGAGCAGAACUGUCCCGGACCCGCAGACAUCUCUCAGAAUAUACUCACAUUGAAGCUGAAUGCCCUUUCAUCUCAUUUGAAGAUCUUUUGGACCGUUUAGAAGACCUUGUCUGUGAUGUAGUGGAGAGAGUGUUAAAGUCUUCAGCAGCUAGCUUGUUGUAUGAUAUCAACCCUGAUUUUAAGCCACCAAAACGCCCUUUUAAAAGAAUGAACUACUCCGAUGCCAUUGCCUGGCUAAAGGAACAUGAUGUUAAAAAAGAGGAUGGCACAUAUUAUGAAUUUGGAGAGGAUAUUCCUGAGGCACCAGAGAGACUUAUGACAGACGCAAUCAAUGAGACUAUAUUAUUGUGUCGCUUUCCAGCAGAAAUCAAGUCAUUUUACAUGCAGCGAUGUCCUGAAGAUCGUCGUCUGACAGAGUCGGUUGAUGUUUUGAUGCCUAAUGUUGGAGAGAUUGUUGGUGGGUCAAUGCGUAUUUGGGAUAGCGAAGAAUUGUUGGAAGGCUAUAAAAGGGAAGGUAUUGACUCCACACCUUACUACUGGUAUACAGAUCAGAGAAAAUAUGGCACUUGUCCUCAUGGUGGCUAUGGUCUGGGACUAGAGCGAUUCUUAACCUGGUUGCUUAACAGAUACCACAUAAGGGAUGUAUGUCUGUACCCACGCUUUAUUCAGCGCUGUAGACCCUGAACUUGAUUUCACCCACAACCUCUCAGAAAGUAGAUAAGGAAAUACAUUUUCCAUGAACAAAUUUAAAUUCAAAUUCAAAAGAUGAUGGGUUCAACUCUUGUGCUCUCUGGUAUAGCACUUACUAUUGUGAGGUUCUGAAAAAUACCACACAUGUAGAACUGCUUGAGCUAAUAAAUCAGUGCAUUUAACUUGAGAGAAAAAAAAUUAUCUGCUUCUGGCUCCCCUGGUAAAGCAGCAUCUUUAAAUCUGAGCUUUGUAUUUUCUAUGACAUGUCUAUGUUUCCACAAUGAAUUUCUGUUAUAAAUGCUGUGAUAUGUAUUGGUAUGGUUGAAACUCUCCACAGUUACUACCUCUUGUUUUGACACAUUUGCUUCUAUUUAAUCAGAUCAAAUAAAAUACUGUCUGAGAAUCUAA